AUGCCUGCCAAAACAGCCGACCAGAUGGGGCCAUUUUCAUGUGUUCACCGUGGCAGCGUUGGCUUAAGCCUUUUUAGCCUCGGCUUCUUUGCCGAGGACCCUCCUUGGAGCAUGGGUAACUGCUGCUCAGGAGGGGAAUACCAAGCUCACAAGGCUGAUGCAGAUCUGCUAGCUUUCCCGGGGAUCGCCGAUGACAGUGUGACAAUAUCCAAGGAUUCUGCGGAGGCGCUGAGCGCCAUGAAGGCUGUUUUUCAUCGUCUCUGCACUUCCCCUUCGGACGAACUGAUAUCCGCCAACGACGUCGCAAAAAUGCACAACCUACUGGGCGAGCCUUUAGACGAGGAUGAGACAGUCCGGAUGAUGUCUUUCUUUAUGGCAUCAUCGCCGUCGGAAAAAGUUGUCGCCUUCGACAAGUUCAUGUCUUGGUGGAACGAACUGCAUGACAGCAGUGCAGACUCUAAUCAGUAUUAUUCACAGGAGAGGUACCGGCAGCGCUUCAAAGUGCUUCAGUCGCGAUUACAGGAUCCGAAGAUCGCAUCUAUACAGACCGUCACGGAGGGUGAGGUCGGUUCUCGACGAUUCCGUGUUUGGUUUGAAUGCGAUGGUCAUCGCCUGUCCCCGUGGCACGACGUCCCACUUAGAAACUCAGAUGAGUCUUACAACUUUAUUUGUGAAAUUCCGAAGUGGACGAGAAAGAAGUACGAGAUCGCGACCGGAGAAAUCAUGAAUCCCAUCAAGCAGGAUGUGAAGAAUGGGGUCCUCCGAGACUACAAGUGGGGUGACAUGCUCUUCAAUUACGGGGCCUUCCCGCAGACCUGGGAAGACCCGAAGCACAUCAGCACCGACACAGGCUGUCCAGGUGACAACGACCCGAUCGAUGUUAUCGAGCUGGGAGCCCGGCAGCGAUCAGUUGGAUCUAUCGUCCGUGUGAAGAUACUGGGAAUCCUAGCCAUGAUUGACGAUGAUGAGACAGACUGGAAAGUCUUGACCAUUGCCCUGGAUGACGAUAAAGCACCGAUAGUGCACGACCUGAACGAUGUCGAGGCUCACUGGCCCGGAGCGUUGCGGUCACUAACGGAUUGGCUGAGGAUGUACAAAACGGCGGAGGGCAAGAAAGAAAACAAGUUCGGCUUUGCCGGGAAGCCUCAGAGUGCAGAGUUUGCUAAACAGGUUGUGGAAGAAACUCACCAAGCCUGGAAAAAGCUGUUGGUGGAUGCAAGUGCAAAGGGCAAGAUGAAGAAGGUUGUCAGUGGCCCCGAUAUCUAUACCGAGCUCGCUCUCGGAGCUUCGCAGUCAAUGCAGCCUGCUCCCGCGUGA